CUGAGAGAGGAAAGAAGGGAGUGGAACAAGAAUGGCAGAAAAUGUUCAUUAUGCUGACUUGAACUUGCCUGAACCAACCAGACCCAGAAUCCAGACGGUCCCUGAUGUCCAAGGUAAAAGCCAUUGCUCCAGAGCUCUGAGUUCCAGAGUUGCUGCACUGGCUGCUGUCCUGGCUGUGAUGAUCCUCGUAGUGGUCACAGCCCUGUAUGUGACACUCAGGGCAGGCAGCCAACAGGACUCCACAGCAUUGACCUCCCCCAGGCAAAAUGUCUCAGCACCACUGUCCCCCACCAGCCAAGAGGACUCAACAAAGUCACCCCCCAGCCAUGGAGAGGCUCCCAGCUGCUGUUCCACAACCCGAGUUGCUGUCCUGGUUACUGAGAUAAUCGUGCUCCUCCUACUGCUGUGUUUUCAGAUGCUCCCAUGUAAAAGGCCUUUUUCCAGAGCACACAUUGCUGUGCUGGUUGUUGUCCUGGUUCUGGCUGUGCUGGCCCUCACUCUGUCUUGGACAGUCCCAGACCCAUGCACCUCCAGGAGCCCCACGGUCCCCCGGCGCUCUGGGAGCCAUGUGCUGCUCUGGGAGGCCCAUGCCCUGCCCAGGCUUUUCCCCCGCGGCACCGCUGCCAUGAUGCUGGCGGCUUUCCCCCAGCCGCCCGGGCUGCGCCGCCUCAGUGCUUUCCCGCAGCCGCCUGGACUGCGCUGCCACCACCGCUUUCCUGCGUCCACCUGGGCCGCGCCACCGCUGUCCAGAUGCCGGUGGGCUCGUGCCGCACUGCCGCUGGCCUGA